CCUGUUGUUUUUUUUCCAAACCACACUCCAGCCUUAUGAUAAACAGUCAUUACAGUCAGGAGAGGCCAGGGCUGCUUUUGUAGCGUUUGAAAAUGUCGCCACUUAGCGUUUCAUUUGUGAUGCCUCCAUAAUUUUUAAGUUUGUUUUUGGUCUCUUUCACAGGAAGAUGCAGCAACAAUUUAUACGAGGAAAAACCAACCUGCACAGAGCUGAAUCUGGGCUACUGUAAUGAUAUGGAGUAUUCCAGGACCAUAUUCCCAAACAUCCUUGGACACCGAAGUCGUUUGGAGGCUGAAUCAGGAGCAGAGUACCUUCUCCUCAGCGUCAUCCAUGGCCUGCUCAACGGGGAGUGCUCCCCUGAGAUCCGUCUUGUAGGCUGCUCGGUACUUGCCUCGCCCUGCAAAGAUGACAAGAUGAUCAAACCCUGUCGCAGCACAUGUGAGGCACUGAGGAAAGACUGUUCCCAUGCCUUUGAAGCUAUAGAAAUGGCCUGGCCUUACUUCCUGGACUGUGAUCGCUUCUUUGCUGGUGACCAAGAGGGCUGCUUUGACCCACUAGCAGGGCUGAAAACCAGACAGGAGCAGGAAAUGUCCAGUCUCUCUCCUGAAGAACCCAGCACCAUCAUCCAGUUCACAUACACCUCCAAUGCCCAGAUGUACAGCUUACUGAAGAAAACAGCAGCCAAGUGUUCCCACAUCUCUCAUGUCUACAGCAUCGGACGCAGCACCGAGGGCAGAGAUCUAAUGGUUAUUGAGUUCACCAACAACCCUGGGCAGCAUGAGUUAUUGGAGCCAGAGAUCAAGCUGGUGGGUAACAUGCAUGGCAACGAGGUGCUGGGCCGCCAACUGCUCAUCUACCUGGCCCAGUACCUAUGUUCAGAGUACAUGCUGGAAAAUCAGCGAAUUCAGACCAUCAUCAACACAACCCGCAUCCAUAUUCUGGCUUCCAUGAACCCCGAUGGCUAUGAGUUGGCCGCCUCAGAGGUAGAGGAUAGAAAUGACCCGGAGCUCAGCCACCAGGAAGUAAAUAUUGUUAACAGUCAAAAAAAGACAAACCGCCAUUAUCCGUUCUCAGUCCACUUUCUGUUUAGUCUGCUCAGUUUGGGGUGUGGAGGUGGAGGAAAGAGGGCGUCUUCAGAUUCUUAAUGCAGAAGUUUUUUACAACGUUGUCUGUGCGUUGUGAAGUGGGACGCCAUGGAGCAACCUUCUGACAAUGUUGUAGCAGUGAGUUUUGUGAGCUACUGAUUUUAAAGUAUCCAGGAAAAAAAAGAAAAUUAACAUUACUAUCUUAUGCUAAAGGUUAUGCAAUGGCCUUAUUGCUCCAUCUAUAGUAACUGAUCAAGACAAUUGUGGUGUAACUAUUCAAAAGGUAAUGUAAUUAUUUUUUUAUUCAGAUACUACUUUACUUCAACUACUUUUAUGUCUUAAUCCUGGUAAAAUUGCUAAAAAUGGAGGUAAGCAAUCAGACUAGUUAAGAUUUCCACCUCCUGCCUGCCUGUCUGUAUUUCUAUCUGCACAGUCUUACUAAUCCAAGACCGAUCCUCCCACUACCAGACAGUAUUAAUCAUAAAGUCAUCAACUAGUCUGUGAUAGAAAUGUUUGCCUUGAUUAUAAUCUAUUUAUUUUUGAUUUCUAAUUUGAGUCUUUUUAACACUUGACGAUAUGCUUAUGUAGCAUUUCUGGAGGUGGGAAAACUCUACACAUAAUAUUUUACUAACCAGAGAAUUCAACACUAAUCACCACUCCACUGAUCUGCUGAAGUCUCUCUGCCCUGUCUUUAUCCUACUGUGCAUUAUACUGUAAGACUGUCCAGAUCUAUUCUCUGUGGGCAAUGUGACAGGCCCGAAAAGACUGGACUUCUACAGUGUCAUCUACUGAUCCCUUCCAUGUGCAGUAUAACAGUACUAACAGAACGUCUGGUCACAAUAUUGUGCAUUUAUUCACUAAUGCCUCAGGCCGUGUCACUGUGCAGCUAAUGGGCUCGGCAUGCAUAUAUGCUGUAGACUGAUCAUAUGUUUGCUCAAAUGUAUGUAGCAGCCAUUUGCAGGUCACAUUGCGAGGCCCACUGCGCAGAGCUUUGCAAUCUAAAAUGUACUCUGGCCACAUUGUUCAGUGGAAACCACAGUGUUACAGUGUGCAUGGGUUUUACUCUGGCAGACUGUCUGAUUGCGCUGGCCUGUGCGAUUCACAGUUCAUACAAGGUUGACACAUUAAUGAAAGUGUGCAGAAUAUUGUACCUUUUAUUAAUA